CGGCGUGCCUUGCGACCGCCAUGGCCGGAAAGCGGAAGUACGGGAACUUCCGGUUGGUGUGAGUUCUCUUCGGCGAACGUGCUAGCUACUCUGGUAAAACAUGGCUAAAAGUUUACGGAGUAAGUGGAAAAGAAAAAUGCGUGCUGAAAAGAGAAAAAAGAAUGCCCCAAAGGAGCUCAACAGACUUAAAAACAUUCUCAAAGUAGACUGCGAUGUUUUAAUGAAAGAUGUUCAGGAGAUAGCAACUGUGGUGGUACCUAAACAAUGCCAAGAAAAAAUGGAGUGUGUGGCAAAUUGUGACGAAAAAGAUGACAUGAAAAUGGAGAUUGAGAUAAAGAGAAACAAAAAGACUCUUCUAGACCAGAAUGGACAGUACCCAGUAUGGAUGAACCCGCGGCAGAGAAAAAGGCUGAAGGCAAAACGAGACAGAAGAACGGGGAAAAGCAAAGCAAAAGCAGUAAAGGCAGCAAAGGGUUUGGCCUGGUAGACCCUGAAAAACUGGGAAAUGCCACGAGGUUACAAAUGCUUGAUUAGAAAGUACACAAUGAUUUCGGCUCCCAUUAAAUGAAACUGUUUCCAUUUGUAUUUUAACUAGGCCUUUUUUCACUUGAAACUCAAAAUAAUUAAUUUGGUUUGGGAAGUUAAAUAAAGUAAUUUCUUUGGAUAAAAGCUGUAUUGAUGUUUUAGUUGGAAACUGACCAAUAUUCAGAUCUUAUCGAACAUCAGAAUC